UGAAAUCAAAACGCGCGGUUGCCGUGGAUAGCACAAUCUUAGCGCGUCAAAAGCGGCUUAAAGAUUUAAACUUCUCAGCAACGUUUCCCGUCAACAACGAAAAGGGACACAGCAGCUCACGGCAUGAGCGAGUUCAACUCGUCGGACGAAGAGGUGGACCCUGCACAGAGCGAGCAGCCGCCUUUCCGCAUUGACUGGCUUGACCUCUCCAUAGUGGGCUAUCCCACGCUGAGCUUGGGGAUCAGCAGCCUGCCAGGUUGCAAAUUCAAGGAGACAUGGAGAAACUUGGACAAGGAUCUUGACGAGGUGCAGUCGCAGGGCGUGCAGGACGUGCUGGUGCUGUGCACGCCCGGCGAGCUGGUCCACUGCCGCGUGCCCGACCUGCUGGAGGCCUACGCCCGCCGCGGCCUGCGCGUGCAUCACGAGCCGGUGCUCGACGGCGCGGUUCCCGACGUGGCGCAGUGCUGCGCCCUCCUGGACACGAUGCACGGGUCCCUGGGCGCCGGCAGGCGAGUGCUCGUCCAUUGCUACGGGGGCCUGGGUCGCUCCUGCCUAUUGGCUGCCUGCUUCCUGCUGCGCAUCUCCGAGUCACUCAGCCCCGAGGACGCGAUAGCGGCGCUGCGUGAGUUGCGCGGGAGGGCGGCCAUACAGACCUUGCAGCAGUACAACUUCCUGCACGAUUUCAGAGAGCUCCUGGAGGCUCACGUCACAGCGAGGAUGGAGCAGGCCGAAUCGAGGGCCGUGUCCCGUUAGGCCGGCUGCCGUGUCUCACUGGGGGCCGUUCACCCAGCAAGAGGGAGCCGGGGUGGGUGGAUAGGAGGAGGAGGUGGAGGUGGGUGUAAUGCUGGUGUAAUGGGUGUAAUGCUAGUGUAAUGUGUGCAAUGCUAGUGUAAUGGGUGUAAUGCUGGUGUAAUGGGUUCAAUCGAGGCGCACACUAGAACUUGGUGGCAACACGUUUUAUUACCUAACAUCACAUUAACUCUUAACACUAACGGGAUAACGACAUAGGGUGGUAACCCACCGUUCCUAUACUUAACUAUAUACACUUGGGGCGAUGGCUAUUUACACUCUGGAUGGGACAACUACUAAAUCGGACCAGGACAGCCAACACGCUGCCUGGUCCCCGUGCGCGAUGCCCGGAGACCGAAGAGCACGACCACGAAGAUUUCUUCCCAGCCAGCACCAACCCUGGCCUCCCAAGCGGCUCGACUUGUAUACCUGCGGCGAGGCCAGACCCUCCCCUUGGCCACGCCCAUUUCCCAGAUCCUUCGUGAGGGUUCAGGACCCACAUCACGUGUUCCUCUCACCCUGAUUACCACCUCAUCCGGUCACGUGCCCUCUCGUGUUUACUCAGUCUCUCCCCUGGUAUGCCCAUCAGGCACCAGGGAGAGGCUCCGCACAUACAGGACCACUCACUCGGUACUGUCGCUAUACUAUAGUGACAUCAUCAAUGACACUACAUCAGCACCAUGGUGGUUAGAUGUUAACUACCUCGCCUGGUAUGCAGGAGGUCGUGGGUUUGAUCCCCUAUCCUGACACCUGUAUAUUUGGUCGCGUGGAUUUUUCUCCGGGUCCUCUG